AUUUCUAUUUCACAUACUCAGAAGUGUCAAACAACUACAACAACAAUUAUGACGACUAAAAGUUUUUUCUGGACAUUAUCUUAUGUUUUUCUUACAAUCUCCACAGUGUCUCCUCACGAAGACCAUUUUUAUAAAAUCUCUACACAAGAUAAGACUUUUUUAGAUACCAAUAUAAUUACACUUCCAAAUGUACGAAUAAAAAGAUUAGCUGAGUCUCUUGUUACUAACACUAGUACUACUACUCAACAAAAACAUAUUUCUAUUCAAGCAAUCAUAGACAAAAAAAAUGGAACAAAACAAACAAAACAAGAAACAAAUACACCAAAUGCUUCACUUGUUAUGAAUGACACUGAUAAGGUUUUUGGAAAGAAUUUAACUUCAGUGACUCAUGAACCUCCGGUUCAGCCGAGUUCUGGAAAUAUAAGUUAUAUAGGAACACCCACGCCUAUAUCUCUGCCAGUUGACUUAGAAUUCCCCUCAGCAAUUACCAAUGAAACACUUAAAAAUCAUAAUAUAACCAAAUCAAAAAAUGAUUCUCAUAUAUACUACAAUAGCACAACAAUUAACAAUGCCAAGGUAUUUAAUGACUAUUGGGUUGAUUUGGAGAACCAUCCUGAUGCGAACGUACAUGAUAUGUUAUCAGAUUCUCAUCGGAGAGCUGCAACUAUCAACUUGAAGUUUCAGUUCCCCUUCUAUGGACAUCUAUUAAACUCUACUACAAUUGCAACUGGAGGUUUUUUAUAUUUAGGAGAAUACAUUCAUUCGUGGUUAGCAGCCACUCAAUACAUAGCACCUCUAAUGGCCAAUUUCGAUUUAAGUUCAUCAAAUUAUUCAAACAUUUAUUACAUGGAAAAUGGCACUGCAUUAACUGUUACUUGGCAUAAUGCCACUUUGCAAGAUAAACCUCAAGUUGGAGGAUUCACUUUUCAAACAACUUUACAUUCAAAUGGAAAUAUUGUAUUUGCUUACAAAAAUAUACCAUCUAAAAUCAAAGAAAUUGAUUCUACAAAUCAUCCAGUGAAAAUUGGAUUGUCUGAUGCAUAUGUUUUAGAUAAAACAAUAUUUUUUGUGAGAAGAAAAACUAUUUAUGAAUAUCAUAGAGUAACAUUCCAUGAGGAUGAAGUAACAAAUGGAACUGUUAUAAUUUUAACUGCAUUGCCAACAUGUCUCGAGAAGAAAAAUUGUUCUAGUUGUAUUAAAAAAGAUACUAACUUUCAAUGUUUCUGGUGUGACAACCGAUGUUCUUCAGGAGUUGAUCGCAAUCGUCAAGACUGGCACCAGAAAGAUUGUGAGAAAUUGAAACUUGUUAAUGAAGAUAUGUGCACAUCUGGAGUGACAACUGUUACUCCUCCUACUGUUGACAAUUCUAGUGUUGAAUCAUCUGUUAAAUCUGAAUCUCAUACAAAUUCUUCAUCUUCUAGUACAAGUUUAUUCUUCAUUGCAUUGUGUGUUUCAUUAACUUUAAUGUCAUUAGUCUGGAUAUUUUACGCUUAUUUAAAUCCACAUACACGGUCUGGACAAAUGCUAAUUAGAUAUCGACCAAAUCAGUGGGGUUGGAGAAAAGGAGAAGCUCGCUAUACAGCUGCUACCAUUCAUAUGUAAAAUGAAACAAUGUUGGGAGUUGUUAUUUGAAGUAAUAAUUAUGAAAUAUUAAAUUGAUAACAAAAAAAAAAAACAUCCACAACGGUAAUUUUUGAAAAUAACUAAGUUUUUAGUGAAAGCUUGAUGAUGUAUGAACCAUAAAUAUAUAUAUAUAUAUAUUAUUUUGCAUAAUGCAGCUAAUGUUAUUUUCUAACUUCUAUUAACUAACCCAUUGUUACUUAAAACUUUUAUUUUUAAAUUUUUAUAAAUGUUAUUCAAUUUAUUAUAAGUAUGGGCCCUAAAAUGGGAUGAUAGAUUUUUGGAUAUAACGUAACCAUUCUUUAUUCUGUAGGAACUUUGUUGUCUUACAUUUUAUUUGUGAUUGUAAAAAAUUUGACAAUUUUAAAAAAAUAGUUACUUACAUACCUCAAUAUUUUGAAAACUUUUUUUCAGUGCCUUAGUAUAUACUGUAUUCUACAUGAAUAAUUCAAAUAGUAUUCAUAGAAUAUUUCUUACAAAUUUUCUACGUAUCUUAUUUCUGAUAUACGCUUUUUUAUAACAACUAAACAUUUAAAAAUUGUAUACGCUAUUAUAGUACCUAGAUUAAAAAUAAACAUUUUUUACAUGCA